AUGGCAAAGAAAAAUAAUAAAAAUUUGAAUAAAAUUUAUAAAUAUCCAUUACCUUUAAUUAUAUCAAGUAAUUCCAAUGGUUUAAAUUUAAAUUUAAAUUUAAAUUUACCUAAUUUAUUUCCACAUAAUCCAAUUUCAUGGAUUUGGUACUCUAUCAAAUUACUAUACUAUAAUUUAAGAUAUGAUGUUCCUUCUAAUGAUGAUAUAAAUGUCGUUUAUAAAGAUGGUAUUUUUAAAAUUGAAAAUGAGUCAAGUAUGAGAAAAAUUUGGCGUAUGGGUUUUUUUGGAAAAGGUGUAUUAUCUAGAUCUGAACCAACAUGGAAAGAAAGAACACUUAUACGACUUAACUUGAUCAAGACUGACAAAUGUAAAUUAACAAUGGAAGAUAUUACUAGACAAAGACGAGCUGAACGUACAGAUUUCAAAAAGAAAAGACAAAAAUUACAAGAUUUGGAAUUAAAAAAGAGAAAAGAUGAAAUCACAGAUGAAGAAUUAAAAGAAAUGGAUGAAUUAGAUAAAAUCUUGGUUGAAAUGAGAAAAGCGUCUCAAGUGGGCUCAAUUGGUAGCGGUGGAAGUUUUGAUAUUGAAAAAGAUGAAGAAGAAGAUGAAGAAGUUGAAGAGGUAAUAAGAGAAGAAGAUUCAAAAUUAAUCGAUUCAAAUGGUAGACUAAUUCAAAUUGAAUAUGUUCAGUUACAAUUUGUUGAAACUUUUUUUUUAAAAUUUGCAUUAAAUACAAUUAAAAUAUCAAAUUUUGCAAAUUUAACUGAAUUGUUUAAGGUAUGUUGCAACCACUAUAGUGAGUCAAAUUCCAUCAAUCCAGAUAACAAGUUUAUCCUCGAAUACUUAGUCUAUCAUUAUUAUAGAUCAAUGGGAUGGUGUGUUAGAUCAGGUAUUAAAUUCGGAACAGAUUAUUUAUUAUACAAACGUGGACCACCAUUUAUGCAUGCAGAAUUUUGUUUAUUAAUAAUGGAUUUAAAUAGUAAUAAUUUAGAUUGGUUUCAAGUUUUUACAAAAGCAAGAGUUGUUGGAAGUGUUAAGAAAACGUUAGUUUUAGUUUACGUUGAAACACCAACAAUUGAAGAAUUUAAUCAAGUAUUUUAUGAUAAUAAUGAAGUAGAUGAUGAAGGUUUAAAAUUUCUAAAAUUAUUUAAAUUGUAUAAAAUAUCAGAAGUUAUAUAUAAAAGAUGGAAUCCUAGCAGGACUAGAGAUUAG